AUGCAUCCUGAAAAUGAGGGAAUCGUUGGUUCAGAAAACAGAGAAUUUGUCAUUAAUGCAAAAGUACUUUCCAACGUGAUUAAGCAGAAACGAAAAGAAAAGACGGGAAAACGGGAGGUCCCUCUACCCAAAGUUCAUGAAAGUUAUUUUAACAGGAAAAGAAAAAAAAAGAAGGCAUGGAAGAGAAUGGUUGCUAAAGUCUGCUUUGUUGGUGAUGGCUUCACAAGAAAACCACCUAAAUAUGAAAGGCUCAUUAGGCCAAUGGGUCUACGUUUCAAAAAAGCCCAUGUCACACACCCUGAGCUGGAAGCUACCUUUUGCCUGCCUAUUCUUGGUGUGAAAAAGAAUCAAUCAUCCCCAUUUUAUACAACCCUGGGUGUGAUCACCAAAGGCACAGUUAUGGAAGUGAAUGUGAUUGAGUUGGGCCUUGUGACACAAGGAGGCAAGGUUUUUCGGGGAAAAUAUGCCCAAGUUACCAACAAUCCUGAGAACGAUGGGUGCAUAAAUGUGGUCUUGCUGGUCUGACAGUGUCGUCAUUCAUGCAAGUCAUUGCACUCAAUACUGAAGACUAUGCACUGUCAGGAAAACACCGUCACUGGGAUCUUACUGAACUUCCGAGCAGCCUUACCCCAUGU